GGGUGCAAAAUGAUCGAAGAGGCGGAGGCUGAGGCGACGGAUCGCUAAGUGGAACGUGCGGGCUGUUUCGAGAUGGGGUCGGGCGCGGGCUCGACCCCUGGGAGCCUCCUUUUCUGGUUGCUGUUGUGUGGCCCGGCGGGCGCGGUGCUCGCUGGGGAGCGCCUGGGCUUUCAACAGACCUCACAUCUCUCUUCUUAUGAAAUUAUAACUCCUUGGAGAUUAACUAGAGAAAGAAGAGAAACCCCAAGGCUCAAUUCAAAGCAGGUAUCUUAUGUCAUUCAGGCUCAAGGAAAAGAGCACAUUAUUCACUUGGAAAGGAACACAGACCUUUUGCCUAAAGAUUUUGUAGUUUAUACCUACAAUGAGGAAGGCACUCUCAUCUCUGACCAUCCCAAUGUUCAGAACCAUUGUCAUUAUCGAGGCUACGUGGAGGGAGUUUACAACUCAUCCGUUGCUCUGAGUGACUGUUCUGGACUCAGAGGAUUGCUCCAUUUAGGGAACUCAAGUUAUGGCAUUGAACCCCUGCACAACAGCUUAUACUUUGAGCACUUGAUUUACCGAAUGGAUGAUGUCCAACAAGAGCCUCUGAAGUGUGGAGUUCCUAACAAGGAUACACAGGAGACCACAAACCAUGGAGAGGAAGAGCAGCCCAGCAUGACUCAACUGCUUCGAAGAAGAAGAGCUGUCCUGCCACAGACCAGAUAUGUGGAGCUGUUCAUUGUCGUAGACAAGGAAAGGUAUGACAUGAUGGGAAGAAAUCAGACUGCUGUGAGGGAGGAGAUGGUUCGCUUAGCAAACUACCUGGAUAGCGUACUGGGAGUUAGCAAUAAUCAUAAUACUGAAUAUGGAAUUCAUAUUCUAAUGGAAGAGAUUUGCCAUGAACAAUACUCAUAUGUAAAGAAAGGCUUUGGUGGGACUGCGGGAAUGGCGUUUGUGGGGACUGUGUGUUCAAGGAGCCAUGCAGGCGGGAUUAAUGUGUUUGGACAAAUCAAUGUGGAAACAUUUGCAUCCAUUGUUGCUCAUGAACUGGGCCAUAACCUGGGGAUGAAUCAUGAUGAUGGGAGAGAUUGCUUCUGUGGAGCAAAGAGCUGUAUCAUGAAUUCUGGAGCUUCAGGCUCCAGGAACUUUAGCAGUUGCAGUGCUGAUGACUUUGAGAAGUUAACUUUAAAUAAAGGAGGAAACUGCCUUCUCAAUAUUCCAAAGCCUGAUGAAGCCUACAGUGCCCCAUCCUGUGGUAACAAAUUGGUGGACCCUGGGGAAGAAUGUGACUGUGGCUCACCAAAGGAGUGUGAGCUGGACCCAUGCUGUGAAGGAAGUACUUGUAAGCUGAAAUCAUUUGCUGAAUGUGCCUAUGGUGAUUGUUGUAAAGACUGCAGGUUCCUUCCAGGAGGCUCUUUGUGCCGAGGAAAAUCCAGUGAAUGUGAUGUUCCAGAGUAUUGCAAUGGUUCUUCUCAGUUCUGCCAGCCAGAUGUCUUUAUUCAGAAUGGAUAUCCAUGCCAGAAUAACAAAGCCUACUGUUACGAUGGAAUGUGCCAGAACUACGAUGCACAGUGCCAAGUCAUCUUUGGUUCAAAAGCCAAGUCUGCCCCAAGAGAUUGUUUCAUUGACGUGAAUUCUAAAGGUGACAGAUUUGGCAAUUGUGGUUUCUCUGACAAUGAAUACAAGAAAUGUGCCACUGGGAAUGCGUUGUGUGGAAAGCUUCAGUGUGAGAAUGUACAUGACAUGCCUGUGUUUGGAAUUGUACCUUCUAUUAUUAAGACACCUAGUCACGGCAGCUAUUGUUGGGGCGUGGAUUUCCACCUGGGCUCAGAUGUUCCAGAUCCGGGGAUGGUGAAUGAAGGCACAAAAUGCGAUGCUGGAAAGAUCUGUAGAAACUUCCAGUGUGUAAAUGUAUCUGUACUGAAUUAUGACUGUGAUGUUCAGGAAAAGUGCCACGGACAUGGGGUGUGUAAUAGCAAUAAGAACUGUCACUGUGAUAGCAACUGGGCACCCCCAAAUUGUGAGGCGAAAGGAUAUGGAGGAAGUGUGGACAGUGGACCUACGUAUAACGAAAAGAGCACUGCCCUGAGGGAUGGACUGCUCGUGUUCUUCUUCCUGAUUGUGCUCAUCAUCUGCGCAUUUCUUUUCAUCAAGAGGAACAAACUCCGGAAAUGCCCCUGCAAAAAGAGAUCGCAGACAUAUGAGUCAGAUGGUAAAAAUCCAGCCAGUGUUUCUAGACAGUCAGCAAGUGCUUCUCACAGUGUUUCUCCAGUGGCUUCUUCCAGACAAGCUCCUGUCCAAGCAAAUAGAUAUCCAGUACCAACCUAUGCAGCUAGGCAGCCUCAGCGGUUUCCAUCAAGGCCACCUCCACCACAUCCAAAAAUACCAUCUCAGGGAAACUUAGUUCCUGCCCGUCCAGCCCCUGCUCCUCCUUUGUACAGCUCCCUCACUUGAUGGGGGCCCUUGUCUUUGCAGAUGUCUUCAGGGAACUGAACUUUUUUUUUCCUGACAUUUUCUUGAAAAGCUUUUCUUCCUCCUGCAACUAUGAAUGAAAACAAAACACUACAAAACAACUUAGCUAAGAAAAGCAGAAACCAACCAUGGAGUUGAGAAACAGAAGGAAAUGCAGUGGAGCCACAGGAAUUUAUGGAACACUAUCUCCAUUUCCAUCACUGAAUGUCUUAGUCCAUCUUCCAUGAAGUUAGUAUUUUUUACCAAGGAUUAAGCAUUUUGAAGGUGGUGUUGUAAUGAUCAAACUAAGUAUUCUGUUAGUGUAAGAUUUGUCAUCAUGUGCUUAAAUGUAAUCCUACAUUUUUGACCAUAAUUAUUCAUGUAGUUUGUGGGUGAACAUGUGAUAAUCUGACACCUAUGAAAACUAAUUAGCUACCAAUAAUAGCUAAUAUUUUUGUCAUGCACAAAUUAUUAACCAUUGUAUACUAAAAUCUUGUCUCUUGUUUGCUACACAAGUAAGCGAAUAUUCUGUCUUCAGAAGAACCCUAUUUAGGAUGUCAUCUAUGUUAUUUUGAAAGUGAAAAAUACGCUGAGAGUGUGAAUUCACACAUGGUUGUUAGCUUCCAUUUUAGUGAUUUUUCAACUAUAAAUGACUGUUAGAAAAUUUAAUUUAAUACUAGAAUUUCUCUUAUGCAUCAUGUUAAGGCAUGGUAUUAUUUUACAAUAGCAUUAUUUUAAAGUAUAAACUUUUUCAGGUACGAAGUAUUUAAUAGAUCUAAUCAAGAUGGCUGUUGAGUCACAGCUAUAAUAAAGCAGGAACAACUAUAAUAUCUUCAAUCAAUUGAGCUAUAUAAAACCACUUGAGAAUUUCAUGAGCACUUUAAGUCUAAAAUCUGAAUCUUUGAAGCUUGAUAUUAAAUCAUUUAGAAUGUUUACAUUUGCUGGAUCAUGUCUCUUUGACUAUAAUAUUUUCAUAGAAAUUAGGCUGGUGAAAGGGAAGGGUUUCUUAAGUCCAAUUUUAGUGUGGUAUCUAUGAGUUAUCUCAGCUGUGUUAAAAAUGAAUUUUUACUAUGGAAGAAAUGUCAUGAGCAAUGAAAUUUUAAACACUUAAAAGAUUUUCAUAAACUUUCAUAAUAAAGUUUAAUAAAAAUGUA